CUAUGUUAAUCAAUCAAUGUUUUAUAUACACACACACGUACAUCUCUCGAGAUUGUGAAUGGCUAACACGAAUGUCGUAAGCCCAAUGGUUGUCUUUCCACGCUACCUGUUCACUGUGUAAUUCUUUAUUUGUGGUGAUGAGAUGAAUAAAUGUAAAUAGCAAAAUUGAAACGUGUACCGUAUUUCAUAGGGACAACCUUACAGUUGUGGUAACACACAAAGAACUCGUACAUAGUAAUAGAUUAGAAUAAUGAAUUGAAGUGUGCGCAUGGAAGAAGGAAAUGCUCUUCUUAUAGGAUGAGGACGAGUAUGCAGGAGAACAGAAGAGAUCAAAUACCAAUCCGGAAUUCAAGUCGUUCUCAGUUUACAGACUUUCACCUUUUAACAAGAGAAGAACAAUUUCGCCUGUUGAGGUAAAUAAGAUCUAUGCUCAAAGUGCAAUUAAAGCCAGGUGAUUCAUUUUCCCUUGUAGAACAAUCCAUGAAUUAUUUUGACUGCGGGAGCGUCUCCUUAGAACAGUUGUUUAUACCGUCUUAGUUGUUGUGGUGGUUGUUGUUGUUGUUGUUGUUGUUGUUUGUGUGGUUGAUACAAUGGUUGGCCAAAUGUAUUUCGGACAGGUCCUCUUUAAGGACAACAUCUUAAACGCUACCAUUUUAUUAUUUCCAAAUGUAGUGUAAUGAAUCUCCAAUGUAAAUUAGGCCCCUUUUAUGCUUGUAUACACCCAUAUAAUAACUAAAUUUCUUGGACUGCUUGUGUUUUAGUUCGAAAAACUCAAACUGGAAAGUGGCGCAAAGGAGCGCCCACCCAGACCUCCUCCGCCUCGGCCAAGUCCUUACAGCGCUUCUGCCAAGCGCCCUCGCGCUUCAGUCAUGUCAACAGCGGAGGGAAAGUUCUCCCCUAAGCUGGUUGCACGCAGCAGUGCCCCUAAUCUGUCAUUGGAACCUGUUGUGGCCGAACUCAUCUCACUGGAUGACAUUCCAAAUUCGUCAAAUGCUAGUGAUAGGACACAAGGCUCGACUGAUUCUUUGGUAAGUUUUCUUCGGGGAUAUAUUAAUGAAUGGUUUUGCGGUUUGAACUGAAAUGCGUCGAAGAAGGGAUAGUUCUUCAAAACCGAAACGUAGAUAAGGGUAAUCUUUGCGAUCUUUGUCGAAGAGGUGUCAAGGUUAAUGUGGGUUUUGAAAGUUGAGAUGAUCGAAGUUUCUUAAUUCUUAGUCUCCGCUUGAAUGAUAAGCGAGGUGUUUGGCAAAGCUGGAGGUUUUGCUUUUGAGCGGUUGGUUGAGUUUUACCCCUGUUAAAAUUGGCAUGUUACAUUGUCAAGUUUUCUGAUGUUAGUUUAUAUCUUUAGUGUAAAGUAAGAAACAUUUUGAGCGAAAGUAAAGCCCAUUUAAGAGAAUUUUGUAAUUAUCGCUAAUUGCUUGUCAUGCUGUGGUAUAGACGUUAUUUAUUUCAAGGAAAAACGGGCUCCUUUUACCAAACUUACUUGAGCUACUUCGUAUGAUCGAUUAUACUGCCCUUAUUACAAUAAACGCAAGCUACUUCUUCUUGCAGGAAAUGGGCUCUUUAAAUACAUCCAGCGAGGAUACAAAUUCAUUCCUACCCCUAGAAACAUCCAUAAAUGAAUACUCUGCUGGAGACAUCACUCCCUCGGGAAUCUUUAGUUAUGAGGAUGUAGAAAUAAACGUAAGACGAUCAAAUUCAACUAGGCAUAGUUCAGAGAGUAAUGAAGCGUCAGUAGAGAGGAGCAAAUCAUCUCCGUCUCGACCAAAACCGCCAGUUCCAAAGAGACCAGCUUCGAUAAAGAGAAAGCCUCAAGACUCAGCGAACCCUCUAUUAGAAAACGCACACAUGGGGGAUAAUGUUACAUCAACGUCAAGUGCGACGAAGCCACCCAAAUCAGUGGACGAUAUAUUAGAAAGUGCUCAAAUUGAUGACACGAUUUCUCCAUUGAGGCCAGUGUCGUUAUCAUUAUUACGAGACACGAUGGCGUCACUUCCGGUUGAUGCACAAGAGUUUUUGUUUCCUGAGACGGACGUUAAGUCUCUUGAAGUGGGUACUGGAGCACAAAAUAGCAGUAACGCAAAUCCAAAUUUAGGAAAUAAUAGAAAUGAAGCUGAACUUCCACAAAGUGUCUCGACGUCGAAUCAUAUAGGUGCUGUGGAUUUAUCUCUCUUGGAAAUUAGAAGAGACAGUGGUCCUGAUCACAAUGUGCCAAAGAGUAACCAAGCGCUAGAAGUCAACCAAAAUUUGGAUACCAAGAGCGAAGAAAUCAAGUGCGAUAAACAAAGUGGUACUUCUAAUUCCCAGCAAAGUUGGGUUAACUUUGAUUAGUGUAUAUAAUAUGUUAUGUAUGAAAAUUUCUCAUAAAAUUACUUUUAUUCGGUCGUCAAAUGCUGGCGAGUGACUUUUUGAAUUUCAAUCAUCGACUUCAUUCUCGUUGUUGUAAAAUUCAAAUAGGUAUAAAGUAAAGAAUGUAAAUCAAGUAGCUGCCUAUUUUACGCCCACGAAAAAUUUGUAUGGAAAUAUUUUGGGUCGAUCCCGUUCUUGUUUAUAUUCUACGGUCAUUUAAACUUGUUGGGAAUCAUCCACGUCUAAUAACCGGAAAACAAACACAAGAUUAAAGAUAUAUCUUAACAUUGCUGGUUGUAAGUACAUCUUAUUUUAAGAUAUGUAUCUUGAUCUUGGUAAGAUCAUUUUUCCUCUGUUUUAUUUUGAAACGGAAAUUUAUUGGAUUUGUAUUGUUUGAUUUUCAUUUAGAUGUGUUGCGAGGGGAUUUAUUCAAUAUUUUAAUAUUGUUUCCAUUUAUGUUUUCUAAAACCAACGAAUUUGCCGUGCAAUCUGGUGUUGCCUUUGUGGGUUUAGUGGUAGAAGAAAGUUUUAACAAGAGCUUCGGUUGAGUGAAAUUCACAAUGACAAAAAAAUAUUUUAAAGGUAUAAUAUAACAUGCUUUCCAGAAGGGUCUAUUGUAAAAUAAAUUAUAUUCUUAAUAUUUUUAGCAGUCUCUAGCUUGUAGCUGAUUAUAUGUUCACUUAACUGGGCGUGAGCGAUACUCUUUUUCCACUUGCAACUUUGAAACAGUACGUAAUCCAGCGGAAUCAACUCGAUAAGUAUGUUUCGAUCACGGUACAAUGCCUCUUUUUCUUUCAAUACGAAGUUUUGUUUCUUAAGUGAACUAAUUAAGAUUCAAGGUUGUCAACAUUUGAUAAAUUCGAAACAAACACUGCUUUGUUGUGAAAGCACUUCCUAGGCACUAUUUGUGCUUUUAAAUUAUAAUCGGCCGGAUAGCAGGCUGGUCAUGUUUCCACGUCCUGUCAUGGAUUUUCCCCAAAAUAAGAUUGUGGAACUUAGAUGGAAAGUACGAAACAGUUUUUAAAUGCAGCAGAUUGGUUGCUAGAUUGAGAUUUAACCAAUUUUGCGCAGAAGAAUUGGGAACCUAAGAUGUUAGGCGGUCUUCUCAGUCAAACGAAACGAAAAAUGUGUUUUUGCAAAUUUUCACACGCUG